ACAGAAUAGCAGUAAUUAUCAAAGAAAAGUGAAAUGCUCAAACAAGAAAUCAAUAAGCAAUUGAUUGAAUUGAGUUAUACUGUUAGCAUAAUAUUUACCAGCCUUUUGAUUUCAUCAAGCUUCUUUCCCCGAGAAAGUCUGUCCGAAAUUCCUUCGAAUUUUACCCUAAUACCUUAGUCAAGAUCAGAAACAAGAACACGAGGAUCAUGUACCACCAAUUACUCCAAAUGGGUUAUUGAGAAUCCAUUUUUUCGAAGAAUUCAAGAACUAAACCGGAUUUUUUGAAGUCCUUCAAACGAGUUAGAAAAGUUGCGGUUUUUAAAGCGGUUUCGUGAGAGAAAUUGUAGUUGGUAAUCAAAUAAUUCGGGAUUUCAGAAGUGGGUUUUUCAAAUUGGGUCACUACAGUAGAGAAAAGGGGGAAAUUGGAUAGUUUAGUGAUAUUUAAAGAUUCAUGUUUGAACGACAGAGAUGAUAUUAGGGUUCUUCUUAAAUAAUGAAGAGUCAUUGGUUUUGUUUGUCUUCAAUAACAAUUACAAUAAUUCUUAAUCAGCCAUAUAUUAAGGAAAAAAAUUAAUGUAAUGCGUAUUUUUUGCAAAAGAAAUGGCAAAGAGGAUGAAGGAGAGACUUUCAUAGUUGCUUGCCUGCCAAUUAAAUUUGCUCAAGCUUCAAAAUCUGUUCCUCAAGCUCUUUGGCGAAUUGCCUGUUGGGUUUGAGCAACGGUAGGUUCCAAUCUUUAGAGAGUUUGGAAGAAGCGUCACUGGAAAUGGAGGAGUUGGAGAGUUGAACGGGUCACCGAUGCCAUCGACGGUGAACGGAGGAAGUCUAACUCUGGGCCGAGGUUGGCGACAAUAGCGGGGGCGAAGGUGAUGACGGCGGUGAGGAGUGGUGUUGGUUCAGUGGGAGGAGAGAGAAAGUUUGCAGAUGAAUGGGGAUUUAAGCAAAGGAAUCGCCCCAACCAUUUGGUAUUCAUGAUAAUUUUUCACACAAAAUUUACCCCUCAGGGAGGAUAUUUCUGAAAACAAUCUUUUAGAUAUCUCUAGCUUCUUGACCUUUGGUAUUCAUGAUGAAUUUUGGUAGUGUCAACCGACAAGUGUCACGGUUUUCAAAUUUGCCCCUCUAUAUAUAGGGGAGUAAUGUUUUCUCAUUUUCACUUUUUACUUACUUGAAUUACUUGAGCUCUGAAGAAGGCGCUUUUUAGCGAGAGAAAAUCACCAACAGGCGAUUUCCGGCCACCGUGACAUUCAUCUUGGAUUCGACCUGUUCUUCGCGAAACUCACCCUAUUCUUCAUCAAAACUCAUCCUAUUCUUCGAGUCAGAACUUUGAGGUAAAACAUAGGCCACGUGUUGCAUUCUGAUUGGCUCAAGUGGCGUGGUAAUUUUUUCCACAACACGUUAUCAUUCCUCUGACUCAAAUUAGAACAAUAGCUAGAUCAACGGGCUAAUUGUUCCUUAAAAAGUAUGUCGAUGUGGUUUGUGCGUAUAUAUGCAGGACAACUUAUUUAUGUUUAAGUUGGAUUAGUGUAAACCUUUUAGCUAGUCUGGUUACCAUAUUAAAAUAUAUUGAAAUGGAUGUAGUAUUUAAUAAAAUUGAUUAUAGUAUUACUAAUUUAAAAUCGGUUAUUUCUGAAAAUAGUCGAAGUUGUGAUGGAUUACCGUGGAAGUUGAAUGACUAAAAUCGAAUUUGUUAAUUAAAAGUGGUUUAUGAUCAAAAUAUUAUAAUGAAUAAAAUAAAGAGAACGAUACAUUACAUUAUUAGUAGCCGUUGGGAGUUGGGACGCGGAAAAACGUGUAAGGAUUAGAGUUGUAAUUGGUUAAGGUAACUAGCUAGCCCUAAUAAUAUCUUGAGUUGAUUUAGGAAAGUUUACAUAAAAUUGGAAACUUGACCACCAAUCAACUUCUUUUCAUUCGAUACAAUCUUAGUUGAAUUGGUUUCCUAAGUCUACUUCUCUUCGGAAAUUCAACAAUUUUCAGGAUCAUUCCACUCCUAUAUAUAUUCAUUCAUACAUUCCAUUCUUCACAUCAACCAAUUAAGUAAUUAACCCUAAUCAUCAACUUCAUCUCUAUAUUCGAUCCAUAUUCUUUUCCUGAAUAUAUCCUAAUGAAAAUACGCGCUGCAUACCAUCAAGCUAUGAUGAUGACCAGCAAUGUCGAUCCCACUCAUCCUUUGCCUUCUUCUACUUGUACUACUCAUCUUCAUCUUCAUCUUCAUCCUGAAAACCCUAACAAGCCUUCUACUGAUUCCUUAAACAAUACCAUCGAUAUCAACUCUGUUCCUGUCUCUAUGGUUAAAAAACGCUCUAAUGCCUUGGCUUUUGAUCUAAUUGAUCUUCAAGAUAAACCAAACCCUAAGAAGCAUUGUUUCAUGAUGAAAGGCACUAAUCUCACCUUAAAAUUAUUGCUUUCCGAACCACACCGGCCUUCUGAUGAUGAUGAUGACCAAAACAAGAUCAUCAAUCCUGUUCCGGUUUCGAUGGUCAACAACCAUGGUGUUCGCAUAUUCCCACAGAAUCCGCCCAUCAGACGUUCCAGGCCCAAGAAAUUAAAAACAACCUCUUGUUUUAACCAACAAGAUCGUCGUCAUUCAGAUGAUCAAGUGUUGGAAUUAUUGCGUCAACACAUCAACACCAAUAAUUUGGAGUUUAAAGAUGUAACUGAUGCCAAAUUAAUCCUGGAGAAGAAGCUUACAGACAGUGAUCUUAAAGAUGAUCAAGCACGAUUGGCUAUCCCUAAAUUACAGACUACAGAGUUUCUAACUCCUGAUGAGGAAACCUUUCUUGCUACUAAAAUUGAUGUCAACAAAAACAACAAGAUCGAUGUCAAGGUAAUCAUGGAGUCUAGUGUGUACAACAUGUGUCUGAGUCGAUGGAAUUACGGUAACAACAAUUCCAAUUGGAAGUAUGUUUUGAAGAAUGAGUGGAAGAAACUGAAGAUGGAUAAGGAUCUCAAGGCAGGGGAUACCAUUCGAAUUGUGUCGUUUCGGUCUGAAAAGCGUCUGAAUUUUGUAAUACUAGGUCCUAAACGUCCAAUCAAGUUGCAGGAUGGUAGUUGUUUUAAAUUGUUUGGGACUAUUAUGGAGACUAGCCCAUGGUGGUAGUAAUUAAUUGUUUGUUACCCUAGCUUACCAAUUAAGUUAGUCGAUUGUUGAUGCACAUCCCUUAAAUUUUGUAAUUAAUUAGUUUACUCAUUAGGGUUUUGCUUGUUGUCAAACUUUCAUGUUUAAAAUUAAUGAGUAUGGUGCCUUUUUUUUAAUCCUAUACGGAGUAUUAGUAUUAUUUUGUAUACAUUGGUUACAAUUUCCUUUAAUACUUUGUAGUAUUAGAUUUCGUUAUGUUGUGAAGCAAUACUAGUAAAUUGAAUUACUCCCCUGUUUGUUAUUUCGUAAUAGUGUAGAUUAUGUUCUGCGCAUCAGUAGAUUAAAAAGAUUGAUAAAGUAUAUAUAAAUAGAGGUCGACUUGCCAUUGCAAAAGUUUGAAAUAUGAUGCUAGCUAGCUUCUUUGUAUUUUUUUAAAAUUUUGGGGUAAAACAGAAACUGUACGCAGACGUACUUGAUUCUGCUAGUUUUAGUAGAGCUGAUAUUGUAAGUCUGCAAACAUACUUGAUUCUGCUAGAGUUUUGAAAUCAUGGAGUAUGUACUGCAAAAAAACCUAUACAAGGACGUACUCUAAUUAGAAUAAGCCAAUCAACAACUCAACUACUAGAGUAAUACUAAUCUAUGUUCGUCAGGCAGGGGUCUAGUUACUAGUUAGGGACGCAGACUUUAUAACAGUCAAGAGUAGUGCAAAUAUGCAUAUCGAGUUGUCGGCAUUACCAGAAUUAGCAACAUCAUUAAUUACAGUGAGCUAUAGACCAAAAUUUUGGCAUAUGUCCAUUGUCAACCUAGUACUGAGGACCAUGCAGUUACUUCAGUAUAUUCGAGCUUUAGUACACAAUGCCUGUCCGAAAUGUACGUACCCCCAUUCAGCUCUAAAACUGAGCUCCCUAUCUAACUAGUACAAUAAAACAGGCCAAAUAUAUUGAACAAUUAAACCAGUAACUAUAUACCCGUUUAUGCUGCAUUGUCACUUGUCAGCAACUCAGUAUAACAGAUUCAGAUAAAAUUCAGCUCUGUUUUGUUUUUUGAUAGAAUGUCAAACUAAACUUCGUAGCAUCCUUAGGCAGACUUAAUGCAAAAGUUGUCACUUAUUAGAAAACUCUGUAACCUGAAUUGAUCUCACCGCGUUUCAUGUACUAGAAAACUACGCAACCUUAAAUUUAUGUUUCUAGUUAGAUUCGGAAAGUUUAAUUUGUUGGGGGUAUAAGAUGAGUAAAAAGGAAGGGAAUUCAUCUUUUGGUCUAGGAUUUCAUAAUUGCAAGUACUCUGAUUGUUUGUACCACAUUUUAAUUUUAAGAUAGUUCUAUUGAUACCAAAUGUUUUUGUGGUUUGACCCAACCACUCGUGGUCCAUUGGAUAGGAGAUGUUGGGGUGUCAAAAUGGGCUCACCAUUUUAACCCAAAAGCCAAUAAAAUCCACUCAAGCCCAAUAUCCCUUACAAGGCCUCAAAGGCCCAACAAGGCACUAUAUAUACCCCUCAAAGGGCAAGGUAAAAGGGGUCAUUCUCUAACCCUAGAGAAGCCACCCUACUCUCUCUCCCCUAAACACCUCAUUUUAUACAUCAAUUGUACUGACUUGAGCGUCGGAGGCUCCGCCUCGGGGACCCCCCCUUUGGCCCGGAGUUCAUCUUGCAGGCACCGUACGUGAUCGGAACUCAAGACAUCAAGGACGCUCCUUCCAUCGUUUCAACCCCGGAACAAUUUGGCGCCGUCUGUGGGGAUCGAGAGCAAUAACCCAUGAAAAUCCACAUUUUCAUACUAUUAUGUUCAACCGCAAAAAUGGCCGGAAAUCUGAAAUAGCCGACCAAAAAUUACUGUUUGUCAACAAAUUACGUUAUAAUGGGUAGUGUGGUGACAAAUAAUGUUGCUACAAAUUGUUGCUACAGAUUGUUACUACAUUUUGGUGGCCCAGUAGCCUCAAGGCCAAGUAAAGAUGCUUUCCCACUCUCCCAGAUCUGCAAACUCAUUUUCAGAAUAAAGAGGAUUCAUUUUGCUUGAGUACAGAUUUUUGGAGCCAGUAACAGCUCACGCGUGAAAGUUAUGAAUUUGGAAAUAAAGCAAGUUUCCACAACUCAGACUCAACUGAGCCCACAAUCACCUUGCACGAUUGGUAACAACAGCAUACAUUGGCAUGAUGGCACUACAUCACUUCCGAAGGUAAAAAUCCGAAGGAUAAAACCGAGCCGAAGGUAAAAUCCGAGCCGAGAUUACAACUCGAACCGAUGUUACAAUCCGAGCCGAUUUUAGAAGCACGUUCUUAAACAGAUCUCCGGAUUUGAAGAACGAGGUUAAAAAUCAC